UCCAAAUCGCACUAGGAAAUUACUCAAAUCGCAAACCCAUCCCACGUGUGGGCGGCUCCCCGUCUGAGUAGGUCUUCUCUCCCGUCGACUUGUCAUGCAUCCGAAACAACGUGCCAACCCCUCAACCUCCUCAAAGAGUACUAUGACGACGAUACCAGCGACUACCUCGCUCUUUGCUCACAUAGCACAACCACCGCCACCAGCGAACUUACCACCAAAACGGAGCCGCCGCUCAACCAUGCACACAUUCGUUACAUUGCUUCGUUCACCGGCGGGUUUCCUCCGUUCAUCUACUAUGUUCACUACACGCACACCCCCACGUUCAUCCUUGCCGCCUUCGACGCCCACGACAUCUUCGAACAUCACGCUACCAGGGGUCAUCCUUCAAACUUACUCCGCAUCCACGGAGGGGAUCGUUCUCACAGCCCUCUCCGCGGCCCCGUUCUGUUGCCAUGAAGACCUACUCACGAUGCCACGCGAGAAACUAGAAGGCGUCGUGCGCGCUUUGAACGAGAAGUUACCUCAGCGAAUGCGUAUCGGUGCGGCCGCCGAAAGGGGGGAUCAGUCGGUGGGCGAUGAAGAUGAAGAUAUCGAAAGUGCAAUUGCGGGUAUGUCAGAUGCAGAAAUAAGGAGAAGGAUUGAGGUGUUAGUGGGUAUUAGGAGACGAGAGGGGGCGGAAUUGGGAGAUUUGAGUGUGUCUCUGCCAGCUGUUGCGCCUACGCUUGAGGUACUGGACACAUGUGCGAAGGCGGAGGUACCAGUAUUGUUCAAGUCUGUUGAUAGCCCUGAUCACGAACGAUGCCGAGCUGAAGACGCGGAACCAGCUCGGGAGCUCAACGUUGAUGGAAAUCACGCUGAGGUGGAGCUUUCAAGUCCAGAAGACGUGCACGCUAUAACGUCCUCGCCACCACGUGCACGUGGUCAUACGUUGCCACCGCUUUCUGCCCUCCAGGAGGAGCAAGAGGCCGAGGAGCAGGACGGGACUCGAGUCGACGACCAGCGAGUGGAGGCAGACUGAGGAGGCGAAAAAUACAGAAACAGAAGAAGCCAUGCACGCAGUCAAAUGUCGAAGCUCAUCUGGUAGUGAGACUGAUCGACCCGCUUUCAUCUCAACUUGGACUGCUCCACACGGCCGUCUUCCAACGGCACAGGGUUCUCGGCUUUUGGAGAACUUCGAAGUCUCGGCGUCACCGCUGCUAGACUUCGACGACGACGAUAAUUGCAUCACGGCUGCGGUGAAGGUGGCGUCGACUCCGGCAGCGUGCUGCUGCGAACCCGGCUCUAGGUCUGAGUCGACUCCGGCGUCGAUGGAGCGCCCAAACGCGAAGGAAGCCCGAACACACAGCAGAGAAUUCCGAUGUUCUGGGAAGACAAGUUCCAUUCUCUCUUCCCCCUUCUGGUACACGGAAGGUAAAGGCGAGACCGUUGUCAUUUCCUGCCGGGACGUCUUGGCCUGUGUGGUCCAAUAAGGAUCGGCCUCUGGAUGUGGGAGAGAGAGAUGGCGGUGGCGAAG